UGACGCCGUUUAAAGUCUUGCAUUCUGUAGAUUUUCCUGUCAAACAGACUAGUGUCAAUCAGCUGUUCGAUAUUUUUGUUUUGUUUUUAAGGAUCCAUCAUCUAUCAAAGGAAUUAUGGCUGAUAUAAAGUCUUUAGAACAUCCUACAUUGAAGGUCCCCUAUGAGAUUCUCAAUAAGGAAUUCCGUAAAACACAAAAGAACAUUGAUCGUGAAAUAUCUCAUAUCAAUGCUACAUCCUCAGAAAUAAACAAGUUCUGCUCUGGAGAAAAUGUAAAAGUUAAAGAUGUUAAGACUCUAUUAGGGGGCAUGGUAGAGAAGCUGCAGGUUUUGAAGAGGAAAGCUGAAGAAGGUAUCUCAGAAGAGCUGAGCACAAGUAAUACCUGCAAAAAGCGUUUGGAUCAUUUGAAAGAGCAAGCUGAAGCUGUUACAAUCCCCAACGUUUCUCAAGGGAUGUUGAAUCAGUGGAAACGCAAACGUCUAGAUAGGAUGGUUGUGGAAUACUUCUUGAGAAAUGGUUAUUACAAUGCUGCUAUCACACUUGCCGAAAGAUCGGGUGUCAAAGAUUUAACAAACAUUGAUAUAUUCCUUACAUCCAGAGAAGUAGAAAAAUCACUUGCAAGGAAAGAAUCCGCAAAAUGCCUGGCUUGGUGCCAUGACAAUAAGUCAAAACUUAGGAGACUUAAAUCCAACAUGGAGUUCAACAUUCGUAUUCAAGAAUUUGUGGAACUGGUAAGAAAUGACAAAAGAAUGGAUGCUGUGAAACAUUCCAGAAAAUAUUUUCCAAACUUCCAAGAUGAGCAUUUAGACAAAAUAAAGGAAGUUAUGGGAUUACUUGCCUUUCCUAACAAUACACAAAUUCCUCAUUACAAAGCUUUAUUGGAUGCUAAUAGAUGGGAUACCCUGAUUGAAGAGUUCAGACAAGAAAAUUAUAGGCUGUUUCAGUUGGCAUCGCAGUCCGUGUUCACUGUGGCCUUGGAAGCUGGCUUAUCGGCCUUGAAAACACCUCAGUGUUACUCAGAAGAUGAAGCUAGAAAUCCGGCCUGUCCAGUUUGUCAGGAAGAUAUGAACAAAUUGGCCGAACCUUUGCCGUUCGCACAUUGCUCUCAGUCCCGACUUUAUUGUCACAUAAGCGGCCUACCUCUGAACGAAAAUAACCAGCCCAUGAUGCUUCCAAAUGGAUGCGUAUAUGGAGAACAAGCUCUAGCACAAAUGGCAAGGGAAAACAAUGGCCAAGUGAUUUGCCCCAAAACAAAAGAGGUGUUUCCCUUCAAAAAAGUUGAUAAAGUAUUUGUAAUGUAAAUAUGAAUGUGAUAAUCUUUGUUUAGAUGAUUAAGUGAGCAUUUAUUUACAAUGUAAAUAAUAUUCUCGUGAAUAAGUUUAGAUUUAAGAACCUGCAAUACUUAUUAAUCUCCGAUAUUUACCUUUUAAGAUUUUGAAAAUUUAUUUCUAUUUCAUAAUGUAAGUAUAACAAAAUUUGAUGUUUAUUCAAUGAUUCUUAAAUGUUUUAUGAAUUAUUAUUGUAUUUUUCUUCUUCGUGAUCUUAAAUAGAAAAGUUUUACUCUAA